AUGUGGGCUAUUACGUAUUUGAGUCAGCUACAUCCGCUGGUGGCGCCUAGACGUUCAGAUUUGAGGCCCGAGUUUGCCGAGGAGCGGUAUUUGUAA